AUGGAUGUCACUGUUUGCGCCCGAGAGAAAAAACUGAAAAUCUUCGACAAGUGGACCGCGACCGGUGUCACCGCCGCUGAUUUCACCGCUGGGGCGACGACACCCGGGCCAAAAGACUACGGGAAAAUCGCCGAGACGAAACGCGUUAUAGUAAAACGAAUACAACCAAAAAGGUACAACUUAAAUGUGUAUCUAUUUCGUUCAGAGUUCACUUCAGAAUUUUCAAAAUUAUUUUGUGCGAAUAUAAAACUACUCCUUUUACAAAUCUUAUGAAAAAUAUCCGUCUGAACCCAAUUAUUGGCAUCUGAAUUCGAAGAGUUCGCGCACUAGUGGUAGUUCGUUGUAUGAAAACAAGGGCAGAAACUCUGCGAUGCGUCAUUAUGUUAUGGCGAUAACACUUACGAUAGACGACAUCAGCGUGACCUAAAGCUGAAUAUAGUUGCCAAUAUACAUGUUGCAUUUGGACAUUGUAUUCGCAACUAUAUUAGUGUAUAUCCUGACGUUCGUAAGUAAACUAAAAUAAAAUAAAUUUAGUAAGAUUAAAAAUGUAAUAAAUAAAGUUUCCUUAUCGGUUUUUGGUUGAAGCGAAAUUUCUGGUUGAAAAGUUGUUUAUAGAUACAUACAAAAAAAAAAUCACACAUGUAAUAGUAAAACCAGCACAUUCUUUACUGCGCUUUAAAUUUAAAACCCUUUCGUCAUCGUACGAAAAAAAAAAAACAUAAACAACGACGAUGAAUAGUUCGUGGUGAUUGGCAUGCAAAGUCUCCCGUAAUUUUUAAUUUAAUUACAUACUGGUUACAAGACUUUUCCAGUCGACCAAACACUAAUAUCCCGAACGCUUUUAAAAACCGUUAAUAAAAUACAAUAUCCGCUGUGUUUCUUGAUUUGAUCAUCCUGUAAAUAACUAUCGAAACUUUGAUACCUAUCCACAAUUUGGGGUUUAAGCGACUAUAUAUAAUAAAAAAAUAUUUAAACGGGGGGGGGGGAGUUCAGCUUCCCGAAAACCUAGAUUUAUGCCAUUCGUUCCCUCUUCCCCGGGAACAACAUCGAUAUUGUAGUCAACCCUAAUAGUAGGUAGUUUGUAAAUAUUAUAGCCCAUCUAUAAAGAUAUAUCUUCGUAAUUUAUUAUGUACGUUAUAUUAUGUAUUCUCAGUGUAUAAAUACACAAUAAUAUUAUCACCGUUGGGGAAUUAUUGUGCCGUUUGCAGUAAUUCUUCGGAAUCGAAAACGUGUUUUGAACAUUUGACCGUAAACGUGUAUAGGCACCGGGGUAAAUCAGAUUAAAUUUCAAAACCCGAGUAAUGCCGAUACGUGAGUAAAACCGUUAGUAAAAUAUAAACUUGUACUUUAUACCAGAAUCGCGUCCGGUACGCACGCCAAUAAUAUCGCAAACGAUUAAAACGAUCGAUAUACUCGUAUAAUAUACAUUUAUUUUUUUAUUCCGGAAAACAUUUUAUCUCUUGGAUAACGGCGAUGAUUCUUACGGGAUCGGUAUCGUCGUUUGGUUCAUGGACAUUUUUUUUUCUGAACAAAAUAUUUAAAAGAAAAAAAACCUAUUAGAUAUAACCUACACUACAAUAUACAUACGAGCCAUAAUGACGUACGGACACAUUUAUAGAUUAUCGUUGAUAGCAAAUUUCAGGGAACGACACCAAAUGUUAAGAUGUAAUAAUUCGCAUAUACCAGACGCAUUAAAAUGGGCGCAGCGUUCUUUGUAAUUUUAGGAAUAUUAAGUAUGUAUUAUUAAUUUAGAAUUCUGAACUUAUAGUCCUUGAAAACAAUAGACUUGGACACUUGGAAAAAAUCAUAAAAAAGCAGAACAAAAAGUAUUAAAAAUCAUUUUUUUUCUAUCGAAAUAAUAAUAAAAAAAAAAAACACUUUCAAAUUUUAUAUUGGAACUCUUGAACCUUUUUAAAACUACACUUUUGGAUUUAUAUUGUCUCAUAUUAUGCCCAGCAAUGAUCGACGCAAUAAUUAGAUAACAAAAAUAAACAAAUACUCGUUAGAUAAUAUAGAAUAUAAAAGCGAGAUUAAAUACAAUUAUAGAGAGAGAGGAGGAAAUCUGGGUCUUUGUCAUUGGCUUACAUAAUCACAAAGUAGAAAAUAUACUAACAAAAAAAAUAAUCUAGCUAAUAGAAUUUUCAAUAACUAUCGAAAAAGUCAAAAAAAAAUUACUCGUAGAAAAUAACAGGAAUAUUUUGCUAAAUUUUAUAUCAACUUUACAAAAAAAAAAAAAAAAAUUAUAUUGGUUUUCCUCUUCGGUUUGUUUUACAGAGGGGUCUAGUUAGUGUAUUAUUUUCAUUUGGUUAUAAUUCCUUAUAACGUGAUCCAACUAGUUCAGUCUUUUGUACCGUGUUUCAACUAGUAUCUUUUGCUUGGCUUUCAAAUUAAUUUCUUUGUUCUUGUACACGUGUAGUAUGUUGAUUUUUAAAAAAAGUCGAUUGUGUCUUUUCUGUAGUCACUUAAUUAAUUUAUCAGACAGUUUCAUUAAACAUAAUUUUCUAAAAAAAAAAAAAAAAAAAUUAAUUUAUCAUUUAGACUUUAAAUUGUUAAAUUUUAAUGUAAUAAAUUAAUACUAUUAAAAUUAUUUACCAAUAUUAUCGUCAUUUUCGAUAUUUUUCAAACGUAUUUAAGUAAUAAAUUAUCAAUAAUUUAAACAAUAUUAAAAUUAACGGCCUUAUCAGUUCAGGAUGUGGACGAGCGGUCUAACGCGUUAGGAAUGGCACGAGCUGUUCUGCGAAGACUCAGGUCAAGUCCUAGUCCUGACAAAAUUUUUUGCAUUUUUUUUGCAUAUUUAUUUUACGGAUAAACAAGAGUUUAUUUAUUUAAAUAUUUAAUCGUCUUGGUAACAAUAUGUUAUUAGAUAUUACCUCGUAUACGUUUAACAGUUGUCAUUUGUUGUCUAAUAAAGUAUAUUGUAAACUCGGAUAACUUUCGUUGAUAAAAUGGACUUGAGGGAAAUUCGUAUUAGGUAUUUAAUGAAUACUGAGUGCCGUAAGCCCAUUUAGCUAAUCUAGCUAAUAGUAUUUUCAAUAACUAUCAAAAAAGUUUUAAAAAAAAAUUACUCUUAUAAGAUAACAACAAUAUUUUGCUAAAUUUUAUUUCUACUUAAGGUAAAAAAAAUUGUAAAAUUCCCGUAUCUUGAUUAUUAUUAUGACGUCGUGCGUACGGUACGAAAAUCGAUUACAAUCGAAUUCACCCGACUCGUCUUGUAACAGACUCCGAGAAAAGACGACAUUAUAUCUACAACAUCCGGUCGAAAAUUAUCACACCCACAUGCUACUACCGUGAUAAUAAUAAUAAUAAUAAUAAUAGCUGCUGAUAAUCGAAUCAACGUCGGCAAAAGGAUAAGCGCACGUGCACAAUGGGCCUGUAUAUACCUACGUAUAAUAGGUGCGUAUAUAGGUACCCGCGACUACUAAUCUAAUUUAAGGGGUUUCGCCGUGUCACCGUUGUUGUCGUCAACAGAAGAAAAUAUGUUUAGGGAACGCUACUAUAUAUAGGUGUACCUAUAGUGACUUUCUAAUAACGAAAUUGCGUUAUUCUCUCGUCCGCUCCAGAAAUCUCGGUCCGAUAAACUGGGCCACGUACGGUCCUUGCAAAUUUGAUAAUAUUUUUAAGAUAUCAUCCGUUGUGCUGUAAUAUUUUUAUGCAAUCGUCGGGUUUAAUAAUUGUUUAUAGUCGAAAGCUGAAUAAACAGAAAGAAAAGGCGAAUUUUCUUUUUAAGACUUGUAUGAUACGAGAUCUUACAUUUGUAACGUCAACUUUCCGAUGCAAUUGUUAUCGAGGACCGGGUCUAUUUUCUCCAGGAACCACGGCAGAAAAAAAAAAGUUAAAGGGUCAUGCCAACCUAAAAAGACAAUCUAAUCUAUCCGCUGUCCCAAACUUGAAAUUGUUCCAAGGAAGUAUUAGUACCCCGAGUGUUCACCUAAAAUAUACAGUCGCUGAAAAACCACGAUGGGUUUAG